AAAAUAACAGGGUUAAGAGCUUAGGAGUUGGCGUGCAUUUUUAUUGAACAGAUGAAACAUUUAUUUUGACAAUUUGGCUCUUGUUGGUAAAAAGACACUAGACAGAUUAGCUUCCAGCAAGUAUAUUACAAGUCGCACUACGACGACAUAAUGAGCUGAGAUUCACUGCUGGAUAAAUUACCUCCAUCAUUCAUCAUCACCCAUCCGUACGCUGUCUCGCCUGGAAUAAAGUGAUUCAAGGACGCUACAAGUAACAUUUGAUUCGCUCAUGCGAAAAUCACACUCGUCUGUGCACUGCCAAUAAUAUAGUGCAAAAGUGAUUUUUUUUGUGGGUGCAUUUUUGACACGCUGAAAUAGUAUCAGUUUUAACGUAUAGCAAAAGAGAUAACUUAAUAUCGUAUAUCAAAAUUAACUGGUUAUUUGCUUUUAACUUUUUUAAAUAUACUUAACAUAUAUCAAUAUAGUUUUAGAUUUUAUCGUCUCUUAAAUAGUUUGUUGACAUCACAAAUAGUUGUCACACUUAAAUUGCAGACCUUGCAGACAAGGGAUUCUGCUAGUCAUUAAUUUAGUGUUGUUUGAUAAAAAUUCACUGGAUCGGGUUCCCGACUGACGGCACCUAGGCGUAGACCAAUAAUCUAAAGGAAAGAGGAACAAUGACGAAGAAGGCAAGAACAAGAAACAAACUAUCACUGGUUUUCUGGGCUUGCUUCUGUGCAGUGUUUGCCUUGAUUCUCGUGGUCUCUGAAGCCAAGGGAGGAGGGAGCGGAGGUGGUCGCGGCGGUGGAGGACGAAGUUACGCUUACGGUGGUGGAGGGAGCAGAGGAGGAGGAGGUCGCAUAAGUGGCAAGAAGUUGGCCUUGGGUGCCGCCGCAGUGGGUGUGGCAGGAUACGCGGUGCAUCAGCAUAAUCAACAGAAAACACACAGGUUCCACUCAAACUCACUUGACAAUCCGGCAUUCAACUCGGGUGGAGGAGCAACUUCCGACGGAGAGGAAGAGGAUUACAAACUUCAAGAGUCUUCAUAUUAUAACAGAGGUGACGGGUUCGGGAUGAGUGCGUUUGGCCUGAUCGCCAUAAUUUUGGGGAUUAUAGGGAUGGGUACUCUGAUCUGGUACUGCAUGGAGAUUGGCCUUCCUCUUUGGAAGGAUCGGCAGGCAAACCGAAAUCGCCAGUCAAUCUACUCUAAAGAAGGUCAUCCCCUCCAAGACACACCUUCCACAGCCACUCCAUCCCCGUGAAAUGACGGAAUUAUCCUCCUAGAUGUCCCAUGGUUUUGCUCAUUUGGAACAAACUUUGACCAUUGAAAAAGUCCUCCGCUAUGUGGUCCCACUAUAAAUAGUCUGAAAUCAAGUAUGACGACGAAACAACAGCAAUAAUACUAAUAAACCAAUAACCACCGUAUACUGCUCAUCAUUAUUGAUUGUUUUCAUUGAUAUUCUGGAAUUCGUACAUGUAGUGAUCAAUUAAAGGCUUAGAUUUAGUAAGUUAUUUUUGCUUUAAUGCAGUCGAGAUCUCGCAGUAAUGUUGUUCCUGCCGUGGCUUUUUUGUUGUAUUAAAAAACAAUUAAGUAUUCUCGUGAUUAUUUUACAUCUUUAGAUUAGACGAAAAAAUAGUGUUUCAGCAUCUAGUUUUAUUACAAAAUGUUACAAUGUGCUUUUCAUGUUACUCUCAACUUGGAAUAAUAUACCCAAAAAAUAUUCGUCUCACUAUUAUUUAUUUGUAAAUUAUAAAAAAAUAAAGUUCAUAGUAAACACAAAACAUUUAA